AUGUCUGAUAUACAGUUGAAGCUUUUGAAACUUGUGGACUCGAAUAAUGGAGUCGUGCAAAACACGCUAGAUGCGCCAGAAUUGGCCAACAUUGACGCCAACACCUUACACUCCAACUUGGCCUCGCUUUGGUCUAAGGAGAUGGUAAACUUUACCAAGAUUGAACAAGACCACUGGAUUUUAACCAAAGAAGCAGAACAGUAUCUCAAGACUGGUGCCACACCCGAAGUGCAAGUUGUAGACGAAGUCUUAAAGGCCAUGAACGAUUUAACUAUUUCUGGCUUAAAGGAAAAAUUGGGCCCAGCAGGAGCUGUUGGUCAAGGUAAGGCUUUCAAAAACAAGUGGUUGAGCAAAGACGGAGACAAGUUGGUUGCUAUUGUUAAAGAAUUACCCGCUGAUACGGUAUUAGAAGAAUUGAAAGUAAUCAAGGAUACCGGAUCAUUAGAUGAUAAGAAAGAAUUAACCGAAUUGAAAAAGAGAAAGUUGAUAACUUUGACAAAAAUUGUUGGAUACAAGAUUGAAAAGGGUCCCAAGUUUGCUCUUGAAAUUGUUAACCUCGAAACUGAUAUCACAUCCGAUAUGAUUUUGAAUAACUCGUGGAAAACUGCUCAAUUUAAGCCAUACAACUUUAACUCAGAAGGUGUUUACCCACAAUCGGGAGCAUUGCAUCCAUUAAACAAAGUCAGAGAAGAAUUUAGACAAAUCUUUUUCUCAUUAGGGUUCACCGAAAUGCCAUCCAACCAAUACGUUGAAUCAGGAUUUUGGAAUUUCGAUUCCUUAUUCGUACCUCAACAACAUCCAGCUAGAGACUUGCAGGAUACUUUUUAUUUGAAAGAUCCAGUCAAGGCUAAGGAGCCAGAAGACAAAGAAUACUGGGAAAAUGUAAAGGAGGUACAUCAGGACGGGAAAUACGGAUCCAUUGGAUACAGAUACCCAUGGAAAGCAGAUGAAUCGUUGAGAAUGGUUUUAAGAACACACACUACUGCAAUUUCAGCUGCCAUGUUGCAUAAAUUAGCCAAAGACCCAAAACCAACGAGAUUAUUCUCCAUCGAUCGUGUUUUCAGAAAUGAAGCGGUUGACGCUACUCAUUUGGCAGAAUUCCACCAAGUUGAAGGUGUGAUUGCAGGGUACGAUAUCACUUUGGGUGAUUUGAUUGGUUUCAUGGACGACUUCUUUGGUAAAAUGGGUGUCGAUAACUUGAGAUUCAAGGCUGCCUACAACCCCUACACCGAACCAUCGUUGGAAAUUUUUGCAUAUCACAAAGGGUUGAAAAAAUGGGUCGAAAUUGGUAACUCGGGUAUGUUUAGACCAGAAAUGUUGCAAGCUAUGGGAUUGCCCAAGAAUUUGCGUGUUUUGGGUUGGGGAUUAUCAUUGGAAAGACCGACAAUGAUUAAAUACGGUGUUUCCAAUAUUAGAGAGUUGUUGGGACACAAGGUGUCGCUAGAUUUCAUUGAAACCAAUCCUGCUGCCAGAUUGGAUGAAUUGUUAUAG